UCAGACCCUUGGUUGUUUUUGUUUCCUCCGUAGAGACAGUUGAGAGAUGGGCAGUUUACUCUACUUCUUGUUCCUUUUCUGUCAGUUGCUGCUGCUUCCUGGGCUAUCUUCUUCUCAUCCCUUAUGCACCAACUCAUCGGCACCUUUUACUCUGAAGGCACCUCUGACCUUCUGUCCUUAUAAUGGAAGUGUCUGUUGUGAUUCUGCCAAAGAUAGUCAGUUGCAGAAACAGUUUCAAUCGAUGAACAUCUCAGAUCCUGCCUGUGCCUCUAUGAUGAAAUCUCUUCUUUGUGCGAAAUGUGAUCAAUUCUCUGCACAGCUAUUUAAGAUUGAAUCUGGGUCUCGGUCAGUUCCAGUUCUGUGCAACUCCACCAUAUCAGUAGAUUCAACCCAAUCUAACAGUGCAGCAAAUGACUUUUGUGGAAAUGUCUGGGAUACAUGCCAAAAAGUGUCUAUGUUGGGUUCGCCCUUUGCUACUGCAUUGCAAGGUAGUGCUGGAGUACAUGUGAACACCAGUUCUUCCAAAUUAAUUGAUCUUUGGCAGUCUAAAAGUGAUUUUUGCCAUGCAUUUGGUGGACCUUCUGCUAAAGAUUCAGUAUGUUUUAAUGGUGAGCCGGUUUCACUGAAUAAUACUGGAACCAUACAUCCCCCCAAUGGUCUGUGCCUUGAGAAAAUUGGAAAUGAAAGUUACAUCGAUAUGGCUGCGCAUCCUGAUGGUUCUAACCGUGUGUUUUUGGCUGACCAAAAAGGUCGGAUAUGGUUGGCAACUGUUCCAGAAGCAGGAUCUGGGGGAACAUUAGGACUUGAUGAAUUAAGUCCUUUUCUAGAUAUAUCAGAUCAAGUACAUCUUGAUACCCAAUUAGGGCUGAUGGGUAUCUCAUUUCAUCCAAACUUUGUGAACAAUGGCCGCUUCUUUGUUUCAUUCAACUGUGACAAGGCUCAGUGGGGUGGAUGUUCUGGGAGAUGUUCAUGUAAUUCAGAUGUGAAGUGUGAUCCUUCAGUUCUUGCUUCUUUCGCAGGGGAUGCUCCAUGUCAGUAUUAUAGUAUUAUCUCAGAAUUUACUGUUAAUGGUACCACAUCGCAGCUUUCCUUGGCAACAAGGGGCAAUCCGUCAGAAGUUAGAAGGAUCUUUACCAUGGGUCUUCCAUUUGCAGCUCAUCAUGGGGGCCAGAUUAUCUUUGGACCCUCUGAUGGAUAUUUAUACCUUAUGAUGGGAGAUGGUGGGGGUGUUGGUGACCCUUUCAAUUUUUCCCAAAACAAGAAAUCUUUGCUUGGAAAGAUUAUGAGGUUCGAUGUAGAUAAUAUACCAAGUGAAAAUGAUAUAAUUGAUCUGAAUCUAUGGGGAAACUAUUCUAUCCCCAAAGAUAAUCCUGCUUCUGAAGACAAGGAAUUGCAGCCUGAAAUUUGGGCCUUGGGCCUACGGAAUCCUUGGCGCUGUAGUUUUGAUGCAGAAAGACCUUCAUACUUUAUCUGUGCAGAUGAUGGCCAGGAUAAAUAUGAAGAGGUGGAUGUUAUCACAAAGGGUGGGAACUAUGGAUGGCGUGUGUAUGAGGGUCCCUAUACUUUCAAUCCUCCACAAUCCCCUGGAGGAAAUACAUCUGCCAAGUCAAUCAAUCCCAUCUUUCCUGUAAUGGGUUAUGAUCACUCUGCUUUGAAUAACACUGUCGGAUCAGCAGCAAUCAUAGGUGGCUACUACUAUCGGUCCUUGACUGAUCCAUGCACAUAUGGAAGGUACAUAUAUGCGGAUUUGUAUGCGGGUGCUAUUUGGGCUGGUACUGAAAACCCAGAGAACAGUGGAAAUUUCAGUAGCAGCCAGAUUCCUUUCAGUUGUGCUCAUGACUCUCCAAUCCAAUGCACCUCCACAGAAGGAAGUCAUAUCCCUACUUUGGGUUACAUAUUCUCAUUUGGGGAGGAUAAUAGAAAAGAUGUUUAUAUUCUGGCGACCAACGGUGUGUACAGAUUUUCAAGUCCAAGUCGCUGCAACUAUACAUGCUCAAAGGAAAAUGUUAAGAGUCCGAGUACUUCAAAUUCCCCUCCAUCUAAGAUCCCAUUAAGGAAACAAUUUUAUGAUCUGGUGCUUUUGGUCUCUUCAUUGAUGUUUCUACUAGGUUUUACAUGCUGAGCCUCUUGUCUGAUUUUUGUUUCUAUACCAGGAGAAUCUUGUGGAAGAGAAAAAAAUUUAAAUAUAUAUAUAUAUCGAUGUGCCUUAAAAAAUGUGGAGAAAUCUACAGGCAUUGGAAGACCCGAAGGAUGUGGUCUGCUUGCAAGGGGAAUGGUGACUCCCAACUUGAUUA